GCUGGAGGUUCCUUCCUGCCACCCUUUCGCCAUCUUUGAGAGCUCAGCGUUGGCUCCCGUGGCUCCAGGAUGCCCCCCGCAAACAGGCCGGAGAAGAAGAGCUCCUUGGCAAAUAAAAUCCUCAAGCAGCUGCCGCUGGCUGACAAGACUGCCGUCUGGGGGACUUUGGGAACCAUCCGGCCUCUCCUGAGCUUUGAAGUGGCGAGAGACGUCCAGUCUCUCCUGGAUGCCGUCACUGACAAAGUCGUCGAAUAUGGAACCAUAAUCAACCUGCUCACCAACAGGACCAACGGACAAAGGCAGCAGGUUGCGGAAGGCUUCCAGGACUUCACUCAACAGGACCUCCUAAAGACUCUGCGGGCCGCUGUGUCGGGAAACUUGGAGACGGCCGUGUUGGGGCUCCUGAGGCCAGCGGCACAAUACGACGCUCACGAGAUCAAAGCAGCCAUGAAGAGUCCAGAGGGGGGAGCCACGCUGGCCGAAAUCCUCUGCACGCGAACGAACCAGCAGCUUCAGGAAAUGUUGGAUUUUUAUAAGCACGAUUUUAAAUUGGACCUCGAGGCAGACAUUGCGGUGUCUGGAACCGACAGCUUCUUCAAAGACCUCCUGCUCGCCCUGAUCAAGACCAGCCGAGAAAGAUACUCUGGGGUCAUUGACUACAUCUUGAUUGAGCAAGAUGCCAAGGAUCUUGUGCAUGCAAGUGGCGGUGAGACAGGCAGGCUGGACGAGAGGAAAUGGAUCGGGAUCCUGACCCAGCGCAGCCCCGAACAUCUAAACAGAGUGUUCAGCUUGUACCACAAGAUGACUGGGCUCCAGCUGGAGGAAGCCGUGGCAAAGUUCUUCCAGGGCGACGCCCAAGUGGCUGGUUUGACACUGGUCUCGGUGCUGAGGAACGCCCCCCUCUAUUUUGCCAUCAGGCUCCGCCAAGCCGUUAAGGGCCCAGGAGCCAACCACAGGACUCUGAUUCGCAUCCUGAUUUCCCGUAGCGAGACGGACCUUCUCAGCAUCCGAGCGGAGUUCAGAAAGCAAUACGGGAUUUCUCUUUAUUCGUUCAUCCGGGCUGAAACAAAAGGCAAUUACCGGGCGAUCUUGCUCGGUUUGUGUAAGGCGGAAGAUCUGUAAGACGUGCCCUGGUGAAGAUCUUCACUGAAUAUGAUGGAAACUGCCCUCUCUUCUUUACCGUCGUCUGCAGUUAUGCCACCCUUGCUCCCCUUAUGCUGAUUCCAGUUGCCGGCUGGAAUCUCCCGGAAUUACAACUGAUCUCCAGGCCGUAGAGAUCAGUUCCCCUGGAGAAAGGGACCGCUUUGGAGGGUGAACACUAUGGCAUUAGACCCUCCCUUCCCCAAACCCUUUCCUCUCCAGGCUCCACCCCACAAAUCUCCAGGAAUUCUGGGCCUGGACCUGGCAACCCUACGGUGGAGGGUCAGAAGCUUUUCACAGGCCUAAAAAAUAAUGAAUUGAGGACAAGCUGAAUUAAGCUUCUUGGAGGUCUCUUGCAACUCCUGGACUGGGUCGAUGCACAAGGGGGUAUUUAAUAGGGCUGGGCUGACAGUUUGCCCAUUUUUAUCGGGGUGGGGGAUGUAGGAUUUUCAUGAAAGUGUUGGGGAAAAAAAUUCUGAAUCCCUCCCUCCUGAACCACGCUUUUUCUCGUGGCUGUUUGCUUGCACUGUUUCCCCUUUUCUGCCCCCUUUAUCCCUUCUUGCUGUCCUUGAGUGAUCCCAGCCAAUCAGGGAUCUCAGCAGGACAGUGUCACAGGCCCACACAGCCAACCUGUGGCCACGUCAUUUAGGGCAAACAGAACCACUCAAGAGGGCCUUUCCCUACCACAAGCGGUGACGCUUUCUGGUAU